UCUCCUCUCCUAACAGAUUUCCCUCCCUCUCGCUCUCUCCAUCCCAGGCUUUAUCCUUUCAGCCCUGAUCUCACUUCAUCCCCUCCAAUCCUCAUCUGCCCAUCACAAAAGCAUCACAGAGUUUACAGAGAGAGAGAGGGAUCAGAAGGUGCGUAAAGCAGAAAACCUGAAUGAACAUUGUCCCGAGAAAAAGGCAAGUGGAUAGAGAGUUGGAAAGGAAUAAGAAAUACAAAUAGAGUGGAGAAACACCCCAGAGGAACAGGCAAAAGUCAUUUGGUCAUGAGAGCUCGGGAGAGACACAAAGAUUCAAUAAACCAUUCAACAAAAGGAAAUAGCCUACAUUAAUCUUCCUUUGUAAGGAGAGUUUUCCAUUAGCAUUCUCUUGGCUCUACUGACCUCACUUCCUGUCUGUAUCUGUGGGUGACCGUGCCUGACACCGUUGCCAUGGGUGAAAUGGAGCAACUGCGAAAGGAGGCGGAGAGCCUGAAGGAUGAGAUUACUGCGGCUCGUAAAGCAGUGCAGGACCUCACGCUGCAGGAUCAUGUGGCAGGGACAGCUGUUGUGGGACGUGUCCAGCUGAAGACCAGGAAGACAUUGAGAGGACAUCUGUCCAAAAUCUAUGCCGUGCACUGGGGGGACUCAAAACUGUGUGUCAGUGCAUCUCAAGACGGUAAACUGAUUGUAUGGGACAGCUACACCACCAACAAGGUGCACGCAAUCCCACUCAAGUCCUCGUGGGUGAUGACAUGUGCGUACGCACCUUCAGGAAACAUGGUGGCGUGUGGAGGACUUGACAACAUGUGCUCCAUCUAUAACCUGAAGGGCAAAGAUGGCAACGUGAAGGUCAUGCGUGAGCUCGCAGCACACACAGGUUACCUGUCCUGCUGCCGCUUCCUGAAUGACAAUGAGAUCAUCACCAGCUCUGGAGACUGCACCUGUGUUCUGUGGGACAUUGAGACAGGAUCGCAGAAGACCGUGUUUGCGGGUCAUCUGGGUGACUGUAUGUCUCUGGGCGUGGCCCCUGACUUCAACACUUUCAUCUCAGGAGCCUGUGACUUCACAGCCAAACUGUGGGACAUCCGUGACGGCCAGUGCAGACAGACCUUUGGAGGCCAUGAGAGUGACAUUAACGCCAUAGGGUUUUUCCCCAAUGGCAAUGCAGUGAUCACAGGUUCAGACGAUGCUUCCUGCAAGCUGUACGACCUGCGUUCAGACCAGGAGCUCAUCACGUACCAGGACUCCGGCAUCAUGUGUGGCGUGACCUCCCUCGCUCCCUCCUUCUCUGGAAGACUCAUCCUCGCUGGCUAUGACGACUUCAACUGCAACAUCUGGGACUCUCUGAAGGCGGAGAGAGUCGGAGUGUUGUCCGGUCAUGACAACAGAGUGAGCUGUAUUGGCGUGACACCUGAUGGGAUGGCCUGCUGCACAGGAUCAUGGGAUAGCUUUCUGAAGAUCUGGAACUAAGGCUCUGUCUCAAACAGAGGCAAACAUAGAAUAUGUCAAAGACAGGGUAAAAUGUAAAGGGGACAAUUGAAACUGUGGGAUAUAGUUGUAUAAGUAGGGAGGGAAAGCGAUAUGUUUGUUGUGCCGUCACAACGAGAAAGAUUGUGAAUAAGAAAACCUCAUUUGGAGAUAGGCUGAACUGAACAAUAAUCUGGUCAAAGAAAUCAUGCAAUACCAGAAAACCUGUUUUUCAGGGACUGCUAACUGCAAAAGUGGGCAUUUACAAAGCCAUUUCCUAUUUGGUGAUUUGUGAGGUAAUUUUUGGAUAGGGUUUUUAACACAUGGGUGUCACAGCAUAUUAGCAAUAAUAGCAACAAAGAAAUAAGAAUUUCAACACUAGUUGAAUUAAGCUUACUGAUAUCUAAAUGCAUCCUGUGCUAUCAAACCUAUAAGACAGAGGAUGCCAAAAUAGUUGCACAAAAUUGAAUAUACAAUGACUUAAGUCUACAAAAAAUGAUAUUUUCACUUUUAUAAAAUGUGGUUUACAAAUUAUAGAUAGAUUAAACAAGUUUUAGUGAGAUUGUGUGAUUGAAACUUCUUUUUAAGUUUAGUAAGUUAAGUUUUAGGUUUUUUUUGAUAGUGCACUGAUAGUGUCAUGUUUUUUCUGCUUAUUCAGGCCAAUAAAAAAAACU